AUGGAUGUCCGGCUUCUGCGCUCGCGCGUCACCAUGACGACGGCCUUCUGCCUCCGUGGCGCUUCGAGCGCGCUCGUGGCAUCCUCCGACUUGCAGCGUGGAUCUGUUUUCUUGCGCAAGGGCAUCUACUGCGAGGUCCGGAGCUCAAAACCGGCCGGCCACGGGCGAUCGGCCGAUGGGGCCUUCGAGAUUCGUUAUCGGGAGCUCCAGACGCGGAAAGCCCGCGAGAUGAAGCUGAAAGAGACAGAAAAGCUGGAAGUGGUUGAGUGCGAAAGGGUGUCGAUGCCAGUCAUGUACAAAGAUGAUCAGAAGCUGGUUCUGGCAGACUCCGACUACAACGAGGUGGAGGUGGCUGCGCAGCAGCUAGGGGAGGCCCAUGAGGUCUUGGAGUGCGGUCACACCGUCUCAGUCCUCUACCACGAUGGAAACCUGGUGAAGGUGAUCCCGCCGCCGGCGAUUGCGGAUCAACUGCAGCAAGACUACCGGAAGCAGCGGCGUGAGAAGCUGGCUUCCCGGCAAAAGGAGCGAAAGGAGCUCCGGGAGAAGAAGGUGCAGAUAGCGGAAGAGACGGGCAAAUAUCGCGACUGA